UUCAGCUUAGAAGUAUAUAGCUAGGUGCUGAGAGUCUGUGAGAGAAACACGUUGAUCAGCAAAUGUCCAGCUUCCACCAGCUCCAGUUGCAAAGAUCAUCAGAUUCCAAAAACUCUGAAGAGAAAGAGCAAAGAAUGGACCCGGAUGCACCCACAACAAGUUCAGGAGCAACCUCCGGUCGCCGGCCUCGUGGGCGUCCUUCCGGUUCGAAGAACAAGCCGAAGCCACCAAUAAUCAUAACCAGGGACAGCCCAAAUGCACUGAGGUCCCAUGUACUAGAAAUCUCUUCCGGUUCAGACGUGGUUGAGUCAGUAUCAAGCUAUGCCUGCCGCCGUGGCCGCGGAGUUUGCGUCCUUAGCGGCAGCGGGGCUGUCACCAAUGUAACCUUGCGCCAGCCAUCGGCUGCUGGCCCAUCCGGGGGCAUCGUAACAUUACAUGGGCGGUUCGAGAUUCUAUCUCUAACUGGGACGGCUCUGCCACCACCGGCUCCGCCGGGAGCGGGUGGCUUGACAAUAUUUUUGUCAGGUGGGCAGGGACAAGUUAUAGGAGGGAGUGUGACAUCUCCACUGACGGCUUCAGGUCCUGUGCUUUUGAUGGUGGCAUCAUUUGCAAAUGCAGUAUAUGAUAGGUUACCAUUGGAGGGGGAAGAGUCAUCACCGGUGCAGUUACAGCCCACAAACUCACAAUCUUCGCCAGUGACUGGUGGUGGUGGGGGUGGCCAAUUGGGUGAUCAGGGGGGAAGCGGCGGCAGCAGCAGUGGCGGCGGCGGUGUUCCUUUCUAUAACUUGGGAAAUUUUCCUUUCCCUGGUGAUGCGUUUGGUUGGAGUGGCAAUGCAGCCCGGCCUCCAUUCUAG